CGGAAUAUCAACGGGCGCAAUAUGACAGAAUGGAACAAAAAUCACAUGAAGAGAUAAUAGUUUGAAUUUUACGGCGGCAGAACGAGUUAACUUGAAGUUACCAACAUUUGUUUAUAAACAAAAAAAGCAUUCUCUAAUGAAGUACUACAGUUUCAACUUAUAAUCUUGUCAUGGCCAAAAUUGGAAGCCAAGCUCCCAGAAGAGCAGGCAUGAAACAACCUCGAAUUGCUCCUAAUGGUAAUAGGCUUCCUGAUCCUCUGCCAAAUGGAGUUAUAUUAACAGAUGUAAUAAAAAGGCAGUGGAAGCUUGGGAAAUCAAUAGGUCUUGGUGGAUUCGGCGAAAUUUAUCUUGCAUCUGAUGAUAUUAAAAAAAGGCCAGGUUUAGAUGCAAAAUAUGUCAUCAAAGUUGAACCUCAUACUAAUGGACCACUUUUUUCUGAAAUGCACUUUUACCAUCGUGUUGGGAAAAGUGAACAAAUUGAAGAAUGGAUGCGUAAAAAAAAGUUAUCGUUUCUUGGUAUGCCUAAAUUUAUUGGAUCUGGUUCACAUGAACACAGAGGUAUAAAAUACCGCUUUAUGGUUAUGGAAAGAUUUGGUGAAGAUUUGCAGAAAUUAUUAGACAGAAAUAAUAAAGUUUUUCCUCUAAAAACUGUAUAUACACUUGGUAAAAUGGUAUUGGAUAUUUUAGAAUACAUUCAUAGUCAUGGUUAUAUUCAUGCUGAUGUCAAGGCAUCAAAUUUACUUCUUGGUUAUGGACCUGGUAAAGAAAAUGAGGUUUAUCUUAUAGAUUUUGGUCUGGCUUGCCGUUACAUAACCAAUGGUCAACACAAAGAAUUAAAGGAAGAUCGCCGAAAGGCCCAUGAUGGAACCAUUGAAUUUACUAGUCGAGAUGCCCAUAUAGGAGCUCAUUCCCGACGAGGUGAUUUAGAAAUUUUGGGCUAUAAUAUGCUACAAUGGCUUUGUGGACGCCUCCCUUGGGAAGAUAAUUUAAAGGAUCCUGAAAGUGUUAGCCGGCAAAAGAGCAUGUAUAUGUCAAAUAUUUCUUCUCUGAUUAAAAGUUGUUAUCCAAAACGAGCUCCACCACGAGGUAUUGCAGAAUAUUUUACAUAUGUUGCUGGUUUAACUUUUGAGGAAGAACCUGAUUACAAGUAUUGCAGAAAUAUUCUGUCAGCAGCAAUAAAGGCAUCAGGUUUUAUAGAUGAUGGCCUGCUUGUAUUUACAUCAGAUAAUAUUAUACCAAUAGCACGUAAGGGUGUUAAAAGACCAGCAGAAGGAGGAAGUUUAAGUUUUUCUCCUCAAGCAAAAUCUAAAAAAAUCCAUGAAAUACCCUCUGAAAACAAUGGUUCAUCUCCAUUGCCACAAAGAAAGUUACGUCGUGUUGCAUCAGCAACUCAAAGUAUGCAAUCAUCCAGUUUAGAACAUUCUAAUAAUUCAAAUUCUUUUAGUGUGCUUGAAAAUCCAACACCUGCAAUGCUUUUAGUAAUGCAGCGAAAUUUAGAAAGACAGAUGCAGUUAUCCCAUUUAAAUGGACACAUAGAUAAAAAUGGCUUAAAGGGAAACUUUUUUGAUAAUAUUAAAUCUGUUGCAGAAGCAUUAUCAUCUGUACAAAAAAAGAAAAAUCGAAACGGAAGGCUGCAGAAUGGUUUCAAGUUUUGAAUUUCGGAGGAACAGAAAGAGCUUGUGCUAUGUAAAAAAUCAUUCAUCAUUUUAAACAAAGAUCUCAUAUGCAUUUAAGUGAGUUAUAUUAUAGGUACUCUUUUAUUCUGGCUUAUUUCUGGGCUUUGGUCAUCUCAUCUGAAGGCAUGAUUGAAUUUAUACUAUAAGGGUCUGCAAAUUUAUGUAUAGUGAAAAUGGAACAUUAUAUCUUUCAAAAGUAUAUACUUAUUUUUU